UGCCGGUGGUUUGGAGUAGGGUUUUUGUCGGAACUUCCUGCUCCACCUCUAUAAAUUUGCCGCGAGAUCCCCAAAGACGGGGGAGAGAGAGAGAGAGAGAGAGAGAGAGAGAGAGCCCUCCGUAAAUCAUCUCCCUGUUCUCCUGCCACCGAACACCUCCGUCGUCCCCAACAAGGAAGCAAAAUGGCGUAUGAUGGCAUCCUCCUAGGAAUGGGCAAUCCCCUCCUCGACAUCUCCGCCGUUGUCGACGAAGAUUUCCUCAAAAAGUAUGAUAUAAAGCUCAACAAUGCUAUCCUUGCAGAGGAAAAACACGUUCCCAUGUAUGAGGAACUGGCUGCCAAGGAAAAUGUUGAGUAUAUUGCUGGAGGUGCAACGCAGAAUUCAAUUAGGGUUGCUCAGUGGAUGCUCCAAAUACCUGGCGCAACUAGUUACAUGGGUUGCAUUGGCAAAGACAAGUUCGGGGAGGAGAUGACUAAGAACUCAAAGCUUGCAGGGGUCAAUGUUCAUUAUUAUGAAGAUGAUUCUGCACCGACUGGUACUUGUGCCGUCUGUGUCGUGGGUGGUGAAAGGUCGCUGGUUGCCAAUUUAUCUGCUGCAAAUUGCUAUAAGUCCGAGCAUCUGAAGAGGCCAGAAAAUUGGGCACUGGUUGAGAAGGCCAAGUUUAUCUACAUCGCUGGUUUCUUCCUAACUGUUUCGCCAGAGUCUAUCCAACUUGUUGCUGAACAUGCAGCUGCUAACAGGAAGGUGUUCAUGAUGAACCUCUCAGCUCCUUUUAUUUGUGAGUUUUUCAAGGAUGUCCAGGAAAAAUUUCUGCCGUACAUGGACUAUGUAUUUGGCAAUGAGACUGAGGCAAGAACCUUUUCUCGUGUUCAUGGUUGGGAGACUGACAAUGUUGAAGAGAUAGCUUUGAAGAUUGCUGCUUUGCCUAAGGCAUCAGGAACCUACAAAAGGGUGGUCGUCAUCACUCAAGGUGCUGAUCCGGUGGUUGUUGCUGAGGAUGGAAAGGUAAAAUUGUUUCCUGUGAUACUGCUACCCAAGGAGAAGCUUGUUGAUACCAAUGGAGCAGGGGAUGCAUUCGUCGGAGGGUUUUUGUCUCAGUUAGUUAAGGAGAAGCCUAUUGAGGAGUGCGUAAAGGCAGCUUGCUAUGCAGCCAAUGUUAUUAUUCAAAGGUCUGGCUGCACCUAUCCUCCGAAGCCAGAUUUUGAGUGAUCGCCUGUCGAGAUCAGAUUUUAAAAAUCUCUCUACCUAUUUUUGGAGUUCUCAAUUUUUAGCUCAGACGAGCUGCUCUAUUUUUGUGUGGUUGUUGAUCCCCACACUCCAGACUCGUGAUGCUUGGUACAUGAUUUUGGACAUAUAUUGAUUAUUACAAAGUUCUGUUGUCGUAUCAAGAGAUGUGGUUUUUUUGUA